GUGCGGUCUGACAGGAGCUGCGGCCCGGUCCGGCCCGGGCUGGCAUGGGUUGGAAUUGGAGCCUAUCACCCAACCCGAAGGCUAACAGCAUCAUGUGGUUACUAACUGUUCCUCAUUCACCGGUUGAUGCCUCCCAGAAAAAAACGCCGCCAGCCUUCCCAGAAAGCCCAGCUGCUGUUCCACCAUCAACCACUGGAGGGCCCCAAACACAGCUGUGCAUCUACACAGCUUCCCAUCACUCACACUCGACAGGUGCCCAGCAAGCCCAUUGACCACAGCACCAUCACUUCCUGGGUAUCACCUGAUUUUGAUACAACAGCGGGAAGCUUGUUCCCAGCCUACCAGAAACACCACCACCAAAACCGGGCAAGACAUUCAAGUCGAAAAUCUACCACCUCCAAGUUUCCACAUCUAACUUUUGAGAGUCCGCAGUCUUCCAAUUCAGAGACAUUGGGGAUCCCCUUAAUCCGGGAGUGCCCCAGUGAAUCAGAAAAGGAUGUUUCCAGAAGACCCUUAGUUUCAGUGCUCAGUCCCCAAAGCUGUGGGGACAUGUCAGCACAGGCACUUCAGAGCUUACCUUAUGUGUUCAUUCCACCUGAUAUCCAGACCCCAGAGUCAUCGUCUGUGAAGGAAGAACUCAUUCCCCGAGAUCAGAAGGAAAACAGCCUUCCAAGCUGCUCUCUUCACACUGGCACUCCUGAUAGCCCAGAGCCUGGACCUGUUCUGGUUGAAGACACCCCCGAAGACAAGUAUGGAAUAAAGGUCACAUGGAGGAGACGACAGCACCUGCUUGCUUACCUCAGGGAGAUAGGGAAGCUGAGCAGAAGCCAAUUCCUUGUGAAAAGCUGACUACCAUCAGCAGUCUCAAUAGAAAAGACACAUGUUUUUUGGAGUCAUAAAGGAAUUCAAUUCCCAGGGUUUUUUUUUGUUUGUUUGUUUUAUUUUGUUUUGUUUUUUGAGAUGUAAUAUCGCUCUGUUGCCCAGGCUGGAGUGCAGUGGUAUGAUCUCAUCUCACUGCAACCUCCACUUCCUGGGUUCAAGCGAUGCUCCUGCCUCAGCCUCCCCAGUAGCUGGGAUUACAGGCACCUGCCACCAUGCCUGGCUAAUUUUUUUGUAUUUAUAGUAGAGAUGAGGUUUCUCCAUGUUGGCCAGGCUGGUCUCAAAAUCCUGACCUCAAGUCAUCUGCUGGCCUGGACCUUCCAAAGUGCUGGGAUUACAGGUGUGAGCCACCACACCCAGCCGAGAUUUGUUUUCUAAGAUACUUUGUGUCAUGAACAGUUUAGUGUCAUGAACUAUUCACUUGAUAUUUUUCUUGUAUUAACUGUUUAAAUUUUUAAAAUAUCUUGUAGUAACUCUUUAAAAUGUAUGUAAGUAAAUGGCUGCAGAAAGUUUUUUUAGAGAAUCCUGCUUCUGUCAGUAAUACAGCGAUAUUACCCCAUCCACUAAA